UAAAAAACAACACUCUCCUCUCCUCAGAGAGACCACACAGACACAGAGUCCCCCAUCUCUCUCUCUCUCUUUAACACUCCCCUACAAGUAGACUUUAAGGCAACUUUUGUCUCAGUGUUGAGUAAUGUAAAAUACCCAUCUGGUCAUUUACUUAACAUACUCUCUCUCCCUUCUCUCUCAUUCUCUAUUUAGAUUACUUAAAUCAAACCCAUUCAUCACUACUUCACUAGUACUACAAUGGACUACGAAUACGGAGGAGGAGAGUACUGCAGGAGAGGGCACGUGCCGGCUUUUGGAAGCUGGGACUGGAACGAUGCCGUGCCUUUCACUCAGUGCUUCGAGACUGCGACAACUCAACAGCCAGCUUUUCUUCACUACGCUCCUUACCCUCAUCAAGAUCGUGAUCUUUACCUCGCUGGUGACCUCUACGACAACCACCACCUUGUAGCUGCUCCCGCUGUUAUCCUCCUCCCUCGUCGCCGGGCUAAGGUGGGUCAAGAACCGGGGGCGGAGAAGAAAAGAAAUGUCUCCAAGGAGCAACACAACUACGAGACGGAUGCGCGUGAGUUAAACGCGCCGACUAGCUGUCCAACACCGGUGGUGAAGCGGAGGAUGAAGGCACCUAAGCCUGUGGAUGAAGACUUGUACAAAGUCUCCCCACAACCUCUCCCAGUCAAAUCCAAAAGGAAAAGAGGAGGAGGAGGUGGGUUUGGGUGCAUUUCAAGGUGUUUUUUGCCAACACGGGUGCUUUGAAGGAGGAACAAGCGUGAUAGACUUCGAGUCAGAAACAACACUUUAUUAUUAUAUAUUAUCAAAAAGACUAUGCUUUGUGAAAUUAUUAUGUAUGUAUUUAUUUAUGCGUAGGCAAAAAAAAAGAAGAAGAUGAAUCCUAAAAGAUAGUAGAACAAUGUAGCUUUUGAGCCAUAUUGUAUUAACUAGAUUAUAAAAAAUAUGAGACUUGGAUGGGAAAGGAGUUAAAAGCU